AUGCUGAGGGCGAGGAAGAGGCAUUUGUUUGGCUUGUUUUGGCUGAUGAUGAUUUUUUUUUUUUUGGUAAUAGGUCGGCAAACGAGCAGACGGAUUACCGGAUGGAAUCCUUUAUGUAGACCACCUCCGCCGCCUAAAUCCGACAAUAAUACAACCGGUGUACCAACAUGUUGCCCGAUAGAUUGUCUUGGAUAUCCACAGAAAUGUUGCGGUUGCAUACCUUUGCUGACUGGAGUUAUUGUCAUAUGCAUCAUGUCUUUUGUGUGGGCAAUAGUAGAACUGAUGCAAUUGAAGACACAAAUGGAUAUAAUAUUUCAUAACAAUGAUGAUUUGUCAAUAUAUUUUAAAUUGGCCUACAUGUUCCUGAUAAUGACUUAUAUAGCAACCUGUGGUAUGUUAACGAUCGGGAUCAGUUCUCGUAGAGUCCAGCUGAUUCAAAUGUAUGUCUUCGUGGCAUGCAUCUUUAACUGCAUAUGUAUAGCUACUAAGCUUGUGACGAUAGCUGUCCAAAUGUUCGAGGGAAGUCUUGGCGAGGAAUCUCUUAUUAUCGCAGGAUUUGCAGGUUUAUGGCACACUUCAUUUUUCUACUACAUAAGCGUUGUAAAUAGCUUCAAAUAUCAGAUUUGUUAG